AUGACUAAAAGCACAAAUGAUUUGCUAAUGGAUACCAAUAAUUUCGAUUUUAUCGAUGAUAAUGAAAGUAUAAAUGAUGACGAUAAUAUGGGUUUGGAUCAAGAAUCGAAACAUAGUGAUGCUGUGGAUAGCGAUAAAGAAGAAGAAGAACAAAAUGACGAGGAUGAGGACAUUGAUGACACUUCGUUCGAGAUAGAUCCCGUCAGUAAUGUUCCAAUUAUUAGAUUAACCAAAAAGAAAUCAGAUUUACCUUUAAAAAAUACCUCUACCCUCUCAUCUUCUUCUCAUUUGAAAUUUAAACUAGGACCUUUAAAUUCACAAAAUUUAGCAUUUAUAACAGAGAAUUCCACAAAAUCGCAUGCAUACAAUUCAAUAUUAUAUCCAAUUCAAUUACCAAAUGUAGAUAACUCAAAGGAAUUCCCCGUAUACGUUUCUAAAUUAUUUGAAAUUUAUAAUGAUUUAGGUGAUGAUCGUGUAUUCACUAUCCCCACUUUCGGUUUAAUUAAAUCUUCAUCGUUGAAAAAUCAUAAUGUAGUGGUCAAUAUGGCAAUGGAAACAAUGAUAAAUGAAUUAGAAAUCUUUAUCAACACUUUACAAAAAAAUUAUGAGAGUGAAAAAGAACAUCAGCAAGAAGAACAAGAACAAGAACGACAACAGUAUGUGGAAAUUGGUUCUAAAUUCUUUAUGUUAGAAGAUUCAUUAACCAUAUUAAAUUGUUUAAAAACUUUUCAUUUUAUUUGUGAUAACAAUAAUAUUGAAACAAAUGACGACGAACAAGAUUUUAUAUCAAAUGACGAAUUUGACACUGAUUCGAUUAGAAAUAAAUUCAUCACUUCUUUAUUAUGCUGGAUUAAUCGUUCAGAUGGUCAGCCUGAUGAAGCAUACAUUGAACAAGUCUUUAAUAACAACACUACUGGAGUAAACGAACACGAGAGUAAAGGUGUAUUUGGUACGAUUUUCUUUUGGAAAUUGUUAAAUCAAUUAUUAUUAAGAGGUUUAUUCCAACAAGCAAUCUUAUGUAUAGAGAGAUCAAAUAUUCUAGAGUAUUUAGAAACGCAAUGUUCGAGUUCAUUCCAAAUAAUGAAAGAUUUAAUAUCACUCUUAGAGAAUUACCCAACAGAUUCGUAUACUAAAUUUAGAGAAUGGAAAGCAUACACACUACAAUUACUUUCUAAUUUUAAUGAUUCAGAGAAUAAAAUUUCUGGUGAGUUAAGAGAUUCCAUUGAAGAUACAUUAUUGAUAAUAAGUGGUAAUGAAAAUAAAAUAUUAUAUUAUUCGAAAACUUGGUAUGAAUCUCUAUCCGGAUUUUUAUUAUAUUAUAUUCCAUCAUUAAAAUUAAUUCAACAAUAUUUACAAUUAUCAUUGGAAAGACAUUCUUUAGAUUUAACAAAUAACUGGGAGAAUUCAUGUGUUAAGAUCAUUCAAAAUAAUAUUCAUUCUAUUUUACCUCAAUUAGAAUCCUUAGAUUCAUGUACUGCUGCAUUCACAGCUGCCAUAUGUGAAGCAAAGGGGUUACUAGAACCAUUUGAAUAUACGACAAAUGAUCUUACAGAUGAAAAUGCAAAUGAAAUAGAAGAUUUAUUCUCUAGAAAGAAUGGUAUGGCAAGUUAUCUAAUUAAUAAUUUUGCAUUAGAAUUAUGUUCAUCCAAUGAUAAACAACUAUGGCCGAUUGCCAUUGGGUUAAUAUCAUUAUGUCCCCAACAAAAUGGCUUAAAUAAUUAUAGUAUCAAGAAAUUAACUAUAUCGGAAUUAUUAUUACAUUACCCUUUUGAAACUAAUGAUGAUAUUGAAUGGAUGUUAAGUAUAUGUGCGCAAUGGAAAUUACCACGUGUAGCAAAAAGUCUCUAUACCAUAUUGGGGAAUCAAAUGUUAUAUCAAGGUAGUACUAUUGAAGCUAUUACUAAUUUCAGUAAAGCUGGUAAAUUUGAAUUAGUUAAACAAUAUUCAUGGACAUUAUUUGAAGCUUCCAUUUUAAAUAAUGCACCAUUAGAUGAUCAAAUUUUAAAUGCAAUUGCAACUUAUAAUACAACGAAUUCAAACAGUGCAAACAAAAUUGUAAGUAUACCUAAUUAUAUUAUUUAUAAUUUGUUGACAAGUGCAAUGAGACAAACUUUAGCUCCAUAUGCUGUUUUAUAUCAAUUUUAUCAAGCUAGAGAUAAUCAAGAAUGGGCUAAGGCAUUACGAUUAUUAAUAUCAUUAAUUGAAUUCCCAUAUUUACCUAAAUGUUAUUUGAUUCUUUUGGUUAUGAAAUUUUUAUAUCCAAUUUAUCUUUGUGACGAUGAUGAUUCUAAGGUUAAAGGUGAUGAUGUUGUUUUUGAUGAAUUUUUAAUUUUGAAUAUUAUUGAAUCAUUAGAAGACAAAUGGGAUAAUGACGAUAUUAAAUCGAAAGAGUUUUAUGAGAAGGAGAAAACCAUUGCAAGUACGAAUUGUCCUUCUUUUCCAAAGGAACUGCAUGAAUUUAAUAAAAUUGUUAAGAAAAGGUUGAAUUUUAAGAUAUAUGAAGAAUUUAUGUAA